AUGCCCUCGACUUUCGACAUGGAGCUAAUCGAUGAUCUCAUGAGCACAACUACAGUGACCCUAGAGUCAUUCGACCAGAAGUACAAGACUCUCUUCGCGAAGCUGAGUUCUGCAAUCGAGAACCGGGAGCGUGAAUAUAUGGACCUUGUGCGCACAGGAAGCUCCGAGAAUAAUGCGCAAUCAUUCUCACUGCAACCCGAAAUUCGCAUUCUUCAAUUAGUGCUCCUGAAGCUUCUGGGAAAGAUCAUCAUUGGCAAGUACUCAGAACCUUUGGUCAAUCUUACGUUGGUGCUUCCAGAUGCGGAUGCAACCUGCCGCCUACUUUUCGAUGCCCUGGAGGAUCUUGCCACUCAUGUUUUGCAAGCUCGUUACCAGACAAACUCCAAGUUGUUCAAGGCGUUGGUAUAUCGUCAGCGUACUCCCUCUCGAGAAACACAGGAAUACGCCUUGGCGUUUGCACCUCUCCUCGAACAGACUGCAAAAAUCUCAGAGAUACUACAAAAGCUCAAGAAAGAGGUUUCUUUCAUCGCAACUAUUGCGCGCAUUGGAAUCCGCAGUGUGCCUCAGAGCCCGAGUGAUUCUGGAGAGGAUGACCCGAUGCCGCUUGCACCACUGAACCCACAAAUAAUGCCUCAAAUGGCACCCCAGGUUCCACAGGGCCACUUCCAUACUCAAUCACCACAUCCGCCUCAGACCCCACCUCCGCAGACUCCACCUCCGCAGACCCCACCUCCUCAGACCCCACCUCCGCGGUCUGAAGAUUUUCAGAUGAACGAUGUCAGUGCUACUCCUAGAGCCCCUCCAGAUAUGACUCCGAGAGCCCCAGGCCCCAGAAACCAACCGAUAAUGCAGCAACCACCGUCGCCCACUAUCCAGAAAGGCAAAAGAAGGAGAGUGCAUGAUCCUGAGCCUGGUCCCUCCCAGUCCAACGACAAAACUCCUGGAGCCCAGCCCACUUCUCACACCGGAGCCCAGUCAAAUACCCAAUCUAAUAGCCAGGGCCCUGUAGACUAUUUGCAAGCUCUGCUUAAUCAUCAAACAAAGACGAUGGGGGAGCUGUAUCAUCAUUUGCAAAAUUCAACCGCAGAGAUACUUAAGAAACAAGACCAGGUAUUGCAGAAACAAGAUCACAAGAUAGAUAAGGUGGUAACCCACCUAGCGCAGAACACAGAGAUACUCGGCCGAAUUGGGGAGACGUUAGAUAUGUUAUCCGGAAAGAGCAAACACAAAGGGUCACCGGGUCAUCAGGACGAGGGAGAUAGUGAUAGUCAGAGACAUGGAUCCGGAAGUAACCAAGGACCCCAGCCUUCUAACGACGGUGGCGCCGCGGCAAAGCCUAGUGACGGUGGAGCUGCGGGAAGCACCAUGAAUCGCAACAACAGCAAUGGCGAUGGCGAGGAUGGGGACGACGAAGGAGAAGAUGACAAUCCCUUCUUCCGUUAUGCUAGGAAAAAGCAGCCUGCUCGCUCAGGAGGGGUCAAGCAUCGACCUGCUGAAGAACUGAAAAUCAAGGAAACGAUGCGGAAAUGGUUGAAUGAAAUAAUGGAAGGCCAGGAUCAGCUCAAGGAGACAGUCUCCCAGGACGAGGCUGAUGAAUUUACUCUGCUGUUCAAAACGAAUCCGCUUGCACGCCCUUGCUCAGUCGACAAUUUUUGA